GAAUCGCGUGCCGCUACUUGCCAGUUGCUAGUUGCUACCACAGUUCACUAUUCACUUAUAAGUCGACAGCGGUUCUAGUAAGAUCAUCUUUAAAAUACGACUUCUAUUUUUUCAAAACGCGUAUCGUUAUUAUUUGCACGUUUUAUUUUAAUAGUGCUAAUACUACAAUAUAAUAUAAUACGAUAAUAAGACACCAGGACUAUUUUAUAUAUCGCGAUCAACACUGUAUCCAUUUAAAAGAUAUUAAAUAUUAUAUCUGGUUUAAUCAUCGUCGUAUUAAUUGUUGACAUUUUUUUGGACCAUAAAAUUUGAUUUCUAUUUGAAAAUUAAAAAUAUUCUGUAUGAAAAUGGAAAUGUAUUGUGCAACUCAAAAUAAUGUUUUAUUCUGCGAUUACUACAAGCCUACACCCCGUUAUCCACUAUCAUCAUAUUCUCAAUCAUCAUAUAUGUCCAGUGCAUCAAGUUAUUCACAAUCGUCUUUUUCACCAAUCUCAUCACCUUACACUCCACCGUCUCAGACUUCAGAAUCAUAUACAAAUGGAAAUGAUACUGUAUUUAAAUUUCCUUCAAUAAUUCAAGACCAGUAUAUUCCUACACGUCAAGAUUUGAUAAGUGCUGCUAUUGCUAGAGCAAAAUCUUUGAUUGAAAUAGAAGAAAUUGGCCAGCGUUUAAUUUCAGUUGAUAAAAGACAUGUCAUUCAAAAUAAUGGUCAAAAAACACUUUUGCCAACAAUUAAACAAGAACCAAAACGUGGUAGUGAGCUAUAUAUUGCAUUACCAAAAGCUUGUUUGGAAGGAUUUCUUUAUGCUAUUUUCUCACAGUUUGGAACCAUUCAUCAAAUUCGAUUAAUGAUGCAUUUUUCUGGUUCAAAUCGAGGAUAUGGUUAUGUAAUGAUGAGUAGCCCUAUGGAAGCAGAAACUGCCCUGGCUAAACUAAAUGAGCUUUCUCUUCCUGGUAUCAGAGGCCACUUAUUGGUGAGCAUGUCAACUGAUAACAGAACAUUAUUUGCCAGGAACAUACCUAUGGAUUUAUCUGAAGAGCAAUUGCAAAUAGAAUUUGAAAAACGUGUUGAAGGGGUUAAGAAAGUCAGAGUUUUUAAUAACACAGAUGAUCCUACCAAAAAUAGAGAAUUUUGUUUUGUAAUAUUCAAAGAUCAUCGAAGUGCUGCUUUAGCUCGUCGCUCGAUGGCAGAAAGUCCAUUUUUUAUAAAUGGAGUUUCAAUCAAAAUUCAAUGGGCAGAAUCUGAACCAGUAUUUCGACAUUCUGUAUUGAUGAGAAUGAAACAAUUACAUAUUAGAAACAUGAAUGCUCAAACAACAGAAGAAGAUAUAUGGAAAAUCUUGUGCCAACAUGUUACACCAAACAAUAUUGUAUUUAUUAAGAAAAAUAAUACUUGUGCUAGAAUAAAAUUUAUUCGCCAUGAAUAUGCAGAUAUUGUACGAAAAAAUCUUGACGGUAAACGAGUUCAUGGAAUUAAUUGGAUAGUGAUGUGGGACAAAAUAGAAGGAACAAAAUAUGAAUGUGAAGGAUAUUUUAAGCGUUUAAGUAUAUAAUUUACCUUAACAGUAAUUAUUUAUACUUAUAUUUAUAUGUGUGUAUAUCUUGUAAACUCAUUCAGAAUUAUUUAAUCAAUACUGCAUCAAUAAUAUUAAAUCUAGUUUCCAACAUUUUUACUUUUUAAUUAAAUGACAGAAUAACUUACCGACAUCUCCAUUAUUUAAAAAGACUGGUUCCACGCUUACAUUACAGUCAAUCACCUUGUUUUCAAUUGCAUUUCUAAUGUGGAUUCCCUUCCCUUGGUAACUACUACCUUGGAUACCACAAGAUAUGAUAAAUUUAACGUAUGAUUCUUGUUCGGUGUAGUAUUGAGUUAAAUAUUCAAAUGCUUUUUCAACCUGCAAGAUAACAGCACCUUUAUACUAUUUGUAUUAAUUUUAAUUUAUAUAAUUUAUAUAAUGUAUAUAUCUUCAACAAAUUAAGUUAAAACAUUAAAUAGAAGUUUCUAUUAAUGUUAAUUAUUUGUGAAUAAAUGUAAAAUAGAUUAUAA